CAGGUGGUUCGUUUUCGACGCUCUCUUGGUGAUGCUCAUGGUGGCGGAGACCUGGGUGUUAACCUUGGUGGUCCUUUUCAUUGGUGGCAUAGGCGGUGGAAUGCCCACAGGACCUUUGCGCUUGCUUCGCUUGUUGCGCCUCUCACGAUUGGUGCGCUUGCUGCGGGAGAUGCCAGAGCUGUUGACCUUGAUCAAUGGGAUGCGGGUGGCUGCAAGAGCGGUUUCAUCUGCCUUGCUUCUAAUUUGUUUGCUGAACUACGUGUUUGGUAUUGUGCUGCUGAUGUUUCUGGGGAACAUUGUGGAGAUCAGUGAUCACUUUGGAACGCUGGGCCUUUGUAUGUGGACUCUGAUUUUUUCUGGCACCUUCUUGGAUGGCAUGAAAGAUGUGGUUGAUUUGCUUCGGACGUUGGAGUUGCAUGGGUACUCCUGGCUUUUGGGCUGGGGGAUGAUCUCCAUCUUCAGCAUGUAUGUCUUGCUCACCAACGUCACCGUCAUGAAUAUGCUGAUCGGCAUCCUGUGUGAGGUGGUUUCGGAAGUGAAGCGUGAAGACGAGGAAGGUGUGGCGAUUGACUUCAUGAAGGAGCACUUGCGCACCAUGCUCACGGAUUUGGACCAGGACAAGAACGAAAAUAUCUCCAAAAAGGAGCUGCAAGCGGUGGUGGAAGAUGAGCGGGCUCAGAAAGUGCUCUCCGAACUCCAGGUGAAACCGGAAGAUGUCAUCGAUCUUACAGAGUAUCUCUUUGAGGAAGAUGAAGAUGCAGGACGUGAGCAGGAAGUGACCAGAGAAGAACUGCUGGAAGUGAUCCUGAAAAUUCGCGGGGGCCGCACUAUCUCCAACCAGGACAUCAUUGAUGUUCGAUGCGACAUUCGCCGGAUUGUCCAGAGACAAACUGGUUUGGUCCUUCGAGAAGUGAACCACUUGCAGAAGCGGAUGGCUGACAUGGUGCAGAAGAUGGCCUCAAUGCUUCCUUCGCAUGGUACUUCCAGCACUCGUCCAGGAUAGUGGAAGCAGUCUCGUCGGAGAGAAUUUGAGCCGUCGUGAUGCGCAGAGCAACUCCCGGAGGAUGAUGGACCUCCCGAUGUGAAC